AUGAUAGAAUACCAUGAAAAUAACGAAAUAUUAGCUCGAACAAUAAAUAUUACAUUUCAACAUGUAAUUAUCGAUAAUUCAACGGGCAAUGAUGGACUUACAAGACCAUUAUAUGGGACAAUACUAGUUGCAAUUUGUUUAUGUAUUAUUAUUUUAUUAACUAUUAUAGGAAAUAUUAUUGUUUUAAUUGCUUUGUCUAUCAAUUUUGCUUUAAGAUCACCGACUCACUUACUAAUGGGUAACUUAGCAUUGGCUGAUCUUCUACUUGGUAUUACUGUCUUACCAUUUUCAGCUACAAUUGAAAUAUUUGAAGGAAAUUGGCCAUUUGGACGGAUAUUUUGUCAUAUAUGGUUAGCAAUAGAUGUUCUAUAUUGUACUGCCAGUAUAAAUGGUCUAAUGUUUAUCAGUAUUGAACGUUAUAUUGGUGUUACUAAUCCGUUACGUUAUCAUAUCAUAAUUACUCAUCGUCGUACAUUAAUUGUUAUUUGUAGUAUUUGGAUAUUAUCUAUACUUAUUUCUGUUGCACCAUUUUUUGGUUGGAAAAAAUUUGAUGAAAUUAAAUUAGGUACUAAGACAUGUUUUAUUAAUGAUGAACCAUCGUAUGUUCUAUUUUCUUGUUCAUUUUCAUUUUAUAUACCGUUAAUUAUUAUUUUAUGUGUUUAUACGCGUGUUUAUCGUGAAGCUAAUAAACAAUCGAAAUUUCUUUACGGAAGUGGACAUAAAAAAUUAAAAGUUGAUCAUAAUGAAAUAACAUUACGUGUUCAUAUUGUUCAAUCGGCAUCAAACGGACAUCAUAAUACAUCAACAAAUCAUUUAAAUGGAAAAAAUCUCAUUACAGUGCCAAGUAAACUUUCAAGGUUUAAGCGUGAAAGAAAAGCAGAGGCCUUAUCAUCAGUUGAUCCUGGUGUUAUAUUCUCUGUUUGUUUCUGGCUUGGUUACUGUAACAGUUGUUUUAAUCCAUUUAUAUACGCGUUUUCUAGUCGCGAAUUCCGAAAAGCAUUUAAAAGUAUCUUGCGAUGUCGUCCCCAUUAUAAAAAGACAUCAAGUAUGUACAGAAUAUCAAGUGCAAUUGAAGGAUUGCGUUUAAAAUCUGUGGCGAGUUUUGAUCUGUCAACAAAUAUUCCGAUGAGUGCAUCGAUGACUACAUAUCGUGCAUCAUUGGAAAGUCAACGGCUUUUCCCAUCACCUCAUUAUGACUCUCGAAGAUCACAAGCAAAACGUUUAUCGACAGAUACAUUAAGUAUUAGAAGUAUCAAUGAUCGAAGAUCAAGUCAAACUAGAUUACAAAAACAAACAAAUUAA